AUGAAUGUGAGGGUUAGUACGAUAUUGAGGUUGAGUCGGUGCUUUUCGACUGUCGUAGAGAUUGAAACCCGUCGACCACCAGUCGUGUGGGCAGAACGCGCAGGGAGGCGGGUGGGUUUUACGCUUUUUAAAUUUUUUCUACUUUAUACUAAAUUUUUAAUGAGUUUUCUUACUUUAUUAGAAGGAUAAGGGCUUUUAGAAAGUGUAUUUAAGAUUUGAAGUUAAUACGGUUAGGGAUUUUUUGGCUAUUGAGAUGUUAAACAUGUUAUCAUAGACAUCAAACACAAUAUUAAAAAAAUAUUAUUGACUGGAAUUUUAGGUAAAGGCCCAGAAAGCCAUGGCGGAAAAGAAGAAAGCUGAGGGCAAAUUUACUUUAAAAACUCCCAAAGGAACCAAGGAUUUUGGUUCUAGUCAAAUGGUGAUCAGGGAAAAGGUAUUGGACACCAUAACUAAAAUCUUCAAGAAACACGGAGCUGAAUGUAUUGAUACACCUGUUUUUGAGCUCAAAGAAGUUUUAAUGGGUAAAUAUGGAGAAGAAGGUGGUAAAUUGGUUUACGAUUUGGCUGAUCAAGGAGGAGAAGCUUGUUCUUUGCGUUAUGAUCUGACUGUAAGUUAACUUUGAUUUUUUGUUGAUUUUUUAGGAAAAUAAUGGUAUAGCGUUGUCUUUUUAUUGUCAAUAUGUGGAAGAAGGUUUUGAAGCUUAUACUCGGGCUAGAAGGUUUAUUGGAAGGGCUUUGGAAGUUAUGCUUGAUGUUUUAGGUACCGUUUGCCCGUUAUGUGGCAAUGAACAAGUUGGCUAGCUUAAAGAGGUAUCAAAUUGCUAAAGUUUACAGAAGAGAUCAACCUGUCAUGACUAAGGGACGAUUUAGAGAGUUUUAUCAGUGUGUAAGUUGUUUUACAUUGUUUUAAGUUUAAUUUUACAUAUUAUUCCCUACAAUAAUAAGAUCAAAGUUAUAAGCUGGGUUUUUUAUAUCAACUAUAGAAAAUAUAACUUAUUGUAGUACAUGUAUGAUUGUUUCACAGUUCUUUUCAAUAAAAACUUCAAUUGCAGGACUUUGACAUAGCCGGUCAAUACGAUUCAAUGCUCCCAGAUGCCGAAGUGAUCAAAGUAGCUGAUGAAGUGUUAUCAGCCUUAGAUUUGGGUGAAUUUGAAAUUCGAUUGAAUCACCGUGCACUACUGGAAGGAAUUUUUACUUUAAGCGGGAUCAGUGAUAAGGAUUUCAAGACGGUUUGUUCUAGUGUGGACAAAUUGGACAAAGUGCCGUGGGAAGAGGUUAAGAAUGAGCUGAUUAAUGAAAAAAAGAUUGCUGCUGAAGCUGUGGAUAAGUUGGAACAAUAUGUUAGGGCUAGAGGUAGGGUAUUAUUGGUUUUUUAAUUAAAAUGGCUUUGAAACUUUUAAAAAGGUAAAUUUUUUUUAUUUUUUUUAAAGUACCCUAAACAUAAUAUUUUUGAAGUGUUCAUAUGAAAAGUAACCCGUAAAUUUUAUUUUUUUAUAAAAACGAAGUUUGACCUUGAUAUUAUUCUAGAAUUGGCAUCAAGCCCAUCAAACGAGGACCUGUUGAAGGUCUUCGAAGCCUUUGAAAACGACCGUGUGAAGGUUGCGGUUAACGAGCUGAAGCUAUUGUUAGAGUACUGUGAGCUUUAUGGUUGUGAGAAACGGGUAGUAUUCGAACCGUCAUUGGCCAGAGGAUUGGAUUAUUACACUGGUUGCAUUUAUGAAAUCGUUGUUAAAGGUAUGUGUGAAAUUUUUAUUGAGUUUUGGAUUUUAUGAUAGUUUUCGAUAAUAUCUGUAAAAGUAAAGCAUAAGAAUGUAGAAUGAUUUAUAUCUUGUAGUAUCGAAAUAAUAUUUAGAUGUAAUGCCUAACUUGAUAUCGUUUUAGAAUUUUCAUUCGUCCCUAAAAACGCGAAUCCGAAGAAUCCAGAAGAGACUGCGUCUGUGGGCUCAGUAGCAGCUGGAGGUCGCUACGAUACUCUGGUGGGCAUGUUCUCUGCUUCAGCUGGUAAAAAGAAGACCGAUGUACCAUGUGUUGGUAUCUCAUUUGGUAUAGAGAGAUUAUUCAGUAUCAUGGAAAUGAAGCACAAGGUAAGGGUUGAAUAAAAAGGUAUACUUAACAUUAUUUUAGAGAUUUUGAGCUUGAAAAUGAGUUUCUUAUAUUUUAGGUAACAAAUUUAAUAAAAAAAGCUUUAAACGUAUUAAAAAUAAAAUCUUCAAAGUUUAUAUUAUUAUAAAAUGUAAUUUCAGAGCCAAAGCUCGGUAGCACGAACAAACAGCACCGACAUUCUAGUAGCUUCACCUCAAAAAGGCCUUCUAAAAGAACGCAUGAAGAUUGCCAAGCUUCUAUGGGAUGCCAAACUCAACGUGGAACUACCAUACAAAGCCAACCCUAAAUUCUUAAACCAGCUACAAUUCGCUGAAGACCGUGGCAUCCCAUGGAUCGUACUUCUAGGAGAACAAGAACUAAAAGAAGGCAAUGUUAAGAUAAGAAACGUGGCAAGUCGAGAGGAAACUGAAGUGAAAGUGGAACAGUUGGUGGAGGAACUUGAAAAAAGAUUGAAGACAUAG